GAGAUCAUACACUGUAGUGAUAACAACAACCGGACUGCACAUUUAGACACGUUAUUACUUGCGGCGAGAAGACAAUCACUCCGUCUAAAUGUCACGGAAAACGGGAUAUAUUUUUCAUAACAUUUGGUUAUCGAUGUUUUUAGAUGAGCGUGACUCAACCUUGGAGAAUAGAAACUUAUAUGAACAAGCAGUUGCAGCUAUUGUUGUUUGGGUGUGUCACAUGUCAUGAGGCGAUCAAUAUUUGUGGAGAACUGGAAAAGCUACUUUUAAUUGAACUGGGGAUAAGACGGAACAGCAUAUAGUGCCACUGUUAGAGUUUGGGAGAGACGAGCACAUUUCAAUCUAUUGUCCUGGAAUUCGUCCAGAUCCACAGCUCUCACAAUGGAUAACUCCAUUGUGCAUCGCCAACAAGAUGAUUCCAGCGAUUUAAAUGGCAAAAAUGAAUCAAAUUCGGGAAAGACAAUCAAAAACUCUGGACAACAUCAGGAUCAGAGCUUGCCAAACAGUGCUCCACAAGGGCGUGUGCGGCUUUAUUCUGAGUCUCAGGUGUAUACGGUCAGCCGGUGGCAGGACGCGGAGCCUCAGGAUGGAGCAUCAGCAGAGGAGAAUGGAGGAGCUGGAGAUGGAACCCCAUUCCGAGGUCGUUCUCAAUCCGCACCUGCUGCCCUGUGGAAAGCUAAGAAGUACGGACGACAACUGAGAAGAAUGAGCGAUGAGUUUGACACAUGGCUCGACAAAGGGGAGGUCAAAAGAGUGAGCAGCCACGGUAGAGGAGCUCAGAAACACACUUACCGAGGAUGGUUUUCAUUCCUCUGGAGCCCCAAAGAGGAGGAGAGCAGAGACUGACCAAGUCUUCUACCAUGCUUUAAUACCUUUACCCAACAGAAUGACAUUUACGAGAGAGAGCUGCGCUUCAAAGUGAAGUAACCCUGCUAGGUGAAGGCUGGUCUGAUCACCAUCAUGGCCUUUUUGUAAUCCGUGUGUAAAAUAGAUUUUAAAAAAAUAAUCCGAAGGAUAAGUGCUGUCACUUUUUACCACUGCAAUAAUUUAUCUUUGAUAAUAAGAAUUGCCAGUGUUACUUAAAUUUGACAAUCUUAAAAGGGACAAUCUCUCUUCAAAUCAAUCCAUUGGACAAUCUUUCUAUACUGAUUUUAAAUGAAACCUCUAUUUAAAAGCUAUUUAUUGAUAUGUAUUAUUUAAAUUAAUAUUUGGCAAAGAAAUGUGUUCUAUGAUGUAUUUUAUAAAUUGUAUAGAUAUAUAGAUGUGGAGAGCAUUUUUGUUUUACUAAAGGCUAGAACAGUUGCUUGCAAAAUGUAAAUAUAUUUCAAGAAAUGUGACACUGGAUAAAGUUGUGGAAGUACAGGUUAGUGAUGGUAACAACAAUACGGGUAUUGUUUUUUUUUACCUAAUUUGAUAAUAUAUGCUACAUCUCAGGUUUAUUUAUUUUUUGAUGCCAAACCAUUGUGGUGAACAACCAGUAAGAAUGCAUAGAAUCAAUUCUGACGAAAGUUUUUCAUGCUAUGGAGAAACUGAAAUCAAUUCAAUUUCAAAGUUUUGUAAUGCCUUUUUCAUGUACAUAUUUCUUGUUACAUUUAUAUUUCUUCAAACUAAAACUGCAGGCUGUGCAGUCUAUCUGAAUGGCCUUGUGUGUAAAUACAUUCAGACAUUUGGGUAAGCAAUGAAGUGCAGUUGGACAAAACAAAUGCUGUUUUCAUAAGCCUUAUACUUGAUGUUUCCAUUCCUUUUUUUAAGCUCCUUGUACAAAUCAAUUCUUAACAGUUUACACCACUACUGAGCCGUCUGAACAGUUUUUAAACUGAUCAGUUUUGUAUCUUUUUCUAUCAUUUCUGGUCAAAUAAAGGAUUUUCUGUCUGAA